CACACACUCUCCGUGUCGCCACCGCACUCCGCCACCGAGCUCCGCCCCACCGUCGCCGGCGACUCGCGCCUCGUCAACUGCAGCUACUGAAGGUUUCUCUUCUUCCGUCUUUCAGACUCGACCGUCCCCUUCAUCGUGCGAGGGUUAGAAUGCUUCAUCUUCAUCAGAGCAUUGUGCUAAGUGGACACCGAGUUACUCAUUUCGUGCUUCCCAGAGGAGCAACAGCAGUGAUUGAUACAGCAGUGAGAUUCUCGAUGGAACGCUCGGGUUGUUGUAAAGAAAAGUUAUUUGCUUCUCAUUCUACGCGUACCUCUUCCUCUCAAAGCUUAGCUUGCCUGGCAUCAUCAGAAGGUCUUGAGCCUUCAACCAGGUUGAAGGACGACUUACCGGCCCAUGGAUUAAGCGAGAAGAUAGUUGGUGUGCUAGGAGGAGGGCAACUGGGUCGCAUGCUAUGUCAGGCAGCUUCUGAAAUGGCCAUUAAAGUCAUUGUGUUAGACCCACUUGAAAGCUGCCCAGCAAGUGCAAUUGCAUACAAUCAUGUGGUUGGCAGCUUUGACGAUAGUGCGACCGUGGAGGAGUUUGCGAAGAGAUGUGAAAUUUUGACGGUCGAAAUUGAACAUGUUGAUGCUGCCACCUUGGAGAAGCUUGAGCAACACGGAGUGGAUUGCCAACCUAAAGCCUCCACUAUUCGAAUUAUCCAGGACAAAUAUCUCCAAAAAGUUCACUUUUCCAGACAUGGCGUUCCACUUCCAGAGUUUAUGCAGAUAGAUGAUCUCGAAGGUGCUGAGAGAGCUGGUGACCUAUUUGGCUAUCCCCUGAUGGUAAAGAGCAAACGACUAGCUUAUGAUGGGCGUGGAAAUGCUGUUGCAAAAACAGCCGAGGAGCUUUCUUCUGCUGUGGCUGCUCUUGGAGGAUUUGAGCGUGGACUCUAUGUCGAAAAAUGGGCACCCUUCAUGAAGGAGCUUGCUGUCAUUGUAGCAAGAGGAAGAGACAAUUCUGUCUUGUGCUAUCCUGUGGUUGAGACUAUACACAAGGAAAACAUAUGUCACAUAGUUAAGGCGCAUGCGAGUAUACCGUGGAAGAUUCGGAAACAAGCUACCGAUAUUGCAUAUAAAGCCGUUUGUUCCCUGGAAGGCGCUGGUGUUUUUGCCGUUGAAUUGUUUCUCACUAGGGAUGGUCAGGUCUUGUUAAAUGAAGUGGCUCCUAGGCCCCACAAUAGUGGCCAUCACACAAUUGAGGCUUGCUACACUUCUCAGUUUGAACAGCAUUUGCGAGCUGUUAUUGGUCUUCCACUUGGUGAUCCGUCAAUGAAAACUCCUGCUGCUAUCAUGUACAAUAUACUUGGUGAAGAAGAGGGGGAACAAGGCUUUCGUUUGGCUCAUCGGUUGAUUGGAAGGGCAUUGAGCAUAAAAGGAGCUGCAAUUCAUUGGUAUGAUAAGCCAGAAAUGCGUAAGCAAAGGAAAAUGGGUCAUAUUACUAUUGUUGGCUCCUCAAUGGGCACUGUGGAAGCACAACUAAAUGCUUUGCUAAGUGAAGAAGGCAGGGAUUGUCAGUCAGCAGUACAACUGCGUGUUGGGAUUAUAAUGGGCUCAGACUCCGACCUUCCUGUGAUGAAGGAUGCAGCAAGGAUACUAGAUGCAUUUGAUGUGCCUUACGAGGUGAGAAUAGUUUCAGCACAUCGAACCCCUGAUGUGAUGUUCAGAUAUGCUUCCUCUGCUCAGGAGAGGGGCAUUCAAGUUAUUAUUGCUGGUGCUGGUGGUGCAGCUCAUUUGCCAGGUAUGGUGGCUUCCCUGACUCCAUUACCGGUUAUUGGUGUGCCUGUUCGUGCUUCUGUAUUGGAUGGUCUUGACUCACUUUUAUCGAUAGUGCAGAUGCCAAGGGGUGUCCCUGUUGCUACUGUGGCAGUAAAUAAUGCCACAAAUGCUGGUUUGCUAGCCGUUAGAAUGUUGGGAGUUGGUGAUCCAGACCUACUGGUUAGAAUGAGCCAGUACCAAGAAGAUACGAAGGAAGAUGUCCUCACAAAGGCAGAAAAAUUGCAGAGAGAAGGUUGGGAAUCAUAUCUGAAUCCUUGACGGUCCCGAGCGUGCGCCAGUUUUGGUAGUUAUGAUUGUUUUUGGUUUCUGUUGUACUUCUUAUUCAGUCCCAAGGUACAUGUAGAUCAUUGUCAUUCAUAGGAAACUAAAUAGUCAAUGGAAAUGCAUAGUCAUUCCCAAUGCAUCUUCUUUCCAUAGAAACGAUAAUUUAAGUCAAUGUAACAUUAGAUAUCAGUAUGAAACCGAUGCUUGAUGACGACAUACCAAAUUGUUUCAGUAACAAAAGGAGCCCCCAAUCUGGGUUUCCGAUC